AUGGUGAAAGUUUUCUUGACAGGAAUCACGGGGUAUACCGGUGGGGAUAUUUUCCACGUCCUAGAAAAGACCCACCCGGAAUUCGAGUACUCUGUCUUGGUCAGGAACGAGUCCAAGGCUACGCCUGUCAAGAAGAAGUACCCCAAUGUCCGAAUCGUCUACGGCACACUAGACGACUCCAAGGUGCUGGAGGAGGAGGCAUCAAAAACGGACAUUCUCAUCCACACUGCCGAUGCAUCAGAUCACGAAGGAGCAGCCAAAGCCUUCGCGGCCGGCCUCGCAGCAGGGCACAGCAAGGAGAAGCCUGGCUACUGGAUCCAUACCGGUGGCACAGGCAUCUUGACUUACCAAGACACUGAUGCCGACCGGUACGGUCAGCCUCUGUCGUAUGAGCCGUACAACGAUCUCGAGGGCAUUGAUGCGCUCACCGGUCUCCCUGAUCACGCCUUCCACCGCAACGUGGACAAGAUCGUUCUGGCUGCUGCUGAGCACCCGGCCAUCAAGGCGGCAAUCAUCUGCCCGCCUACCAUCUAUGGCAAGGGCAGAGGAGUGGACAACACGAAGAGUCGACAGGUCUAUGUCAUGGCCAACAUGACGCUCAAGCGUGGAAGAGCCCCGAUCAUUGGGACAGGAAAGGCGACCAUGGACAAUGUUCAUGUGCACGACUUGACCGACCUGUACAUCAGGCAGGUCGAAGCCGCGCUUAACCCCAAGCCCGAAAUAGACGCGCACAUUUGGGGCGCCAAGGAAGGCUAUCUGCUGGCUGAGGGAGGGUACCACGUCUGGGGCGAGGUCGCCCAGUGGGUUGCUGAGGCCGCGCAUGCCAAGGGUUACAUCAAGGACACCACCCUCGAGAUCGCGGGAUUUGAGGCCGCGUCCUAUGGUUUGAGCUCGCGUGGUUACGCAAAGAGGGCUCGCAAGUACCUCGGUUGGAACCCGAGUGCUCCGAGCCUGAAGGAGGAGGUUCCCAACAUUGUUGACGUGGAGGCGGCACUGCAGGGCCUGCAGCCGUCAAAGCCUUGA